AUGGGUGACCUAUGGCGCUCUAAGAAGAUGUCGCUGGUCCAGCUGGUGGUGCAGAACGGCGCAGCGCACGCCGUCGUCUCCAAGCUCGGCGAGCUCGGCAUGAUGCAGCUCCGCGACCUCAACGCGGGCCAGUCCUUCUUCAAGCGCAGCUUCGUGCGCGAGUGCGACGACCUGCAGAGGAUCCUGCGCUCCGUAGAGGAGCAGCUCGUCGAGGCGGGCAUCGCCCCCUCCUCCUCCGGCGCGAACGACCCCUCCCUCCCGUCCCUCGACACGGUCGACGCCAAGCUCCGCGCGGCCGAGGUUGAGUUUUACAAGACCGGCGCCGCCCCCGCCCUGUCCGAGUCGGACAUGGCCACCUCCCUCCUCUCCCUCACCGAGUUCGGCGGCCAGGCCUCCUCCAUGCUCUCCGUGCUCGCCGGCGUCAUCAAGACCGAGUCCGUCGCCGCGCUCGAGCGCGUCGUCUUCCGCGCCACGCGCGGCAACGCCGUCUUCCAGCAAAAGACGGUCAAGACGAAGCUGCUCGACACGUCGGGCAAGGUGCCGGAGCUCGUGCAGAAGACAUUCUUCAUGGUCUUCUUCUCGGGCGCGGUCCUCGGCGACAAGGUCUCCAAGAUCGCAACCUACUUCGGCGCCACCCUCUACAAGUACCCCUCCACCGCGCUCGACCACGCCGCGAUGACGUAUGAGGUGCACAAGCGGAAGGCGGACCACUCACAGGUGCUCGAGCAGUCAACGGCGAUCCUUCGCGGCGCCCUCACCUCGCUCGCAGCAGCGUACGGCCCGUGGGCGAGACAUGUCCAUGACAUCGCCCAGGUGUACGACGCCCUCAACAAGUGCGAGUUCGACCUUAAGCGCGCCGUCUUCAUCGCCGAGGGAUGGGUGGCGACGGAUGAGUACGAGGCGCUGGUCACCUCCCUCCAGUCCGCCGCCGUGGCGCAGGGGCUCGACACGCGCCCCAUCAUCAAUCUCAUCCAGUCCAAGCUCACGCCUCCGACGUACGUCCCGACCAACGCCUUCACCAGCGGCUUCCAGGCGCUCGCGCUCGUCAACACCUACGGCACGCCGCGGUACCGCGAGGUGAACCCGGGCGCCUUUUGCUGCAUCCUCUUCCCGUACCUCUUCGGCAUCAUGUUCGGCGACUUCGGGCACGGCCUGCUCUUCGCCGGCUUCGGCUACUGGCUCAUCUCCAAGGAGAAGGAGUGGGAGGGCAAGGACCUGGGCGACAUGCUCGAGAUGGUCUAUGGAGGCAGGUACAUCUGCUUCCUGAACGGCCUCUUCGGCGCCUUCGUCGGCCUUCUCUACAACGAGGCGUUCGCCUUCCCGAUGGGCUUCUUCGGCACGUCUCGCUGGGAGGGCUUCGAGGAGGAGGGGCUCUCGGGCAUGACAGUCGACGAGCGACCACUCGCCGACAGGUGCGAGCUCAGCGGGCCAAUCUACCCGGUCGGCAUCGACCCGAUCUGGCACGUGACGGAGAACAAGAUCACCUUCUUCAACUCGCUCAAGAUGAAGAUCUCGAUCGUGGUCGGCGUGCUGCAGAUGUCGCUUGGCAUCUACCUCUCGCUGCUCAACCACCUCGAGUACAAGGACGUCAAGAAGGUCCUCUUCCAGUUCAUCCCCGAGGUGACCUUCUUCGGCGGCAUCUUCGGCUACCUCGUCCUCACCAUCUUCAUGAAGUGGUCCACGGACUGGUCCUGCCCCCUCGACCACGCCGCCGCGGAGGCCGGCCUGCCCGCCGCCGAAGGGGGCAUCUGCCAGCCGGCGCCGUCGCUCCUCACGCUCCUCAUCAACAUGUUCAUGUCGCCCACCGCCGACAUCACCGUCCCGCUCUACGGCAUCGAGUGCUUCGGCGGGGCCGGCAACCCCGACUGCGCCGGCGUGGCGGAGGCGGGGUACUGCGUGCCGAUCCUGCUGCUGGCGAUCCCGCUCAUCGAGAUCUACCAGCACUCUGGCAACAAGUACGACAACCUCGACGAGGACGACCACGAGGCCGAGGACGACGGCCACGCCUUCUCUGCCGGCGACGCCUUCAUUCACCAGGGCAUCCACACGAUCGAGUUUGUGCUCGGCGGCAUCUCCAACACGGCGCCCGGCUGUCUGGCCCACCAGGCGUCGUACCUCCGCCUGUGGGCGCUCUCGCUCGCGCACUCGCAGCUGGCGGAGCUCUUCAAGGACAUGAUCCUCGGCGCAGCGCCUAACCCGGCCCUCGCGGCGGUCGCGACCUUCAUCGCCUUUUCGAUGUGGGCCAUCAUCUCGCUCAUCGUGCUCAUGGCGAUGGAGAACCUCUCCUCCUUCCUGCACGCCCUCCGCCUCCAGUGGGUCGAGUUCCAAAACAAGUUCUACUACGGCGACGGCCAAAAGUGGUCGCCCUUCGCCUUCGCGGCCAUCGGCUCCGGCGCCGAGGACUGA